AUGAUAUCCCAACAGCCUGAACCAACAGCUGUCGUGGGAAGCGGUUGCCGCUUCCCAGGCAGCUCAAGCUCCCCCUCAUCGUUAUGGGCGCUCUUGAAGAACCCCAGGGAUGUAUCGCGAGAGAUACCCGAUGACAGAUUUGAAUUGCAAGGCUACUACCAUCCAGAUGGCUCACACCAUGGAACGACUAACGUACAGCGCUCAUAUACAUUGGAUGAGGACGUGCGUGUGUUUGACGCAACUUUCUUCAACAUCAGCCCUAACGAAGCGGACUCGAUCGAUCCACAGCAGCGUUUGCUGAUGGAAGUGGUGUAUGAAGCUCUCGAAGCCGGCGGACAUUCUAUGGAAGGUCUCCGCGGCUCUGAUACAGCCGUGUACGUCGGUACCAUGUCCGUCGACUACAACGAUAUCCUCAUCAGGGACAUCGAAAGCAUGCCUACUUACUUUUCUACGGGCACUUCACGCGCUAUCCUCUCGAAUCGAAUCUCCUACUUCUUCGAUUGGCAUGGACCUUCCAUGACAAUCGACACAGCCUGCUCCUCGAGUAUAGUUGCCUUGCAUCAAGGCAUUCGGUCAUUGCGUACGGGCGAGUCGCGCGUAGCGAUCGUCGGCGGCACAGAACUACUCUUAGGGCCAGAACAAUUCGUGGGCGAAAGUAAGAUGAAUUUGCUCUCGCCCACUGGCCGUUCACGAAUGUGGGAUGCCGGAGCAGACGGAUAUGCGCGAGGCGACGGCAUUGCAGCGCUUGUCUUGAAGAACUUGAGGGAUGCCAUUGCUGAUGGUGACCACAUCGAGUGCCUUAUUCGUGAGACAGGAGUCAAUCAAGACGGAAGAUCCGCCGGCUUGACAGUCCCCAGCUCCGAAGCUCAGGCAAAACUUAUAAGAGGAACUUACGCCAGAGCAGGUUUGGAUAUCUCCAGCCCCCAGGACUGGCCACAGUUCUUCGAGGCCCAUGGUACAGGCACCAAGGUCGGUGAUCCCCGUGAGGCUGCAGCUAUCAACGAGUGCUUUGGUAGUCAGUCCGUAAACGGGAAUCCUCUUUACGUUGGAUCAAUAAAGACUAUUAUCGGUCAUACCGAGGGUACUGCCGGGCUAGCUGGCGUACUUAAGGCUUCACUGGCUAUACAACACGGCAUAAUACCCCCAAACAUGCUUCUUAAUCGCCUAAACCCCGACAUCGAGCAGUACUAUGGCAAUUUGCACGUUCCAACUGCCGCGACACAAUGGCCCACAUUACCAGAAGGAGUCCCACGACGAGUGAGUGUGAAUAGCUUUGGGUUCGGGGGCACCAAUGGACACGCAAUCCUCGAGAGUUACCAGCCUUCAACAAUCACGCCCGAAUGCAAGGUUACGCCAUUUACUCCUUACGUUUUCUCCGCGGCCACAGGUGAGUCUCUGGUGGAGCUCUUGCAAAUUUAUCGGGACUUCUUGAAACUGAAUAAUGUCAUCAACCUUGGUGACCUUGCCUGGACGCUCCAGUCGCGCAGAUCCGCGCUCCCUUUUAAGACCGCCUUUUCAGCGUCCGAUCCUGAAGAACUUGUCUCCAAGAUUGAGGAAAAGCUUGAAAAAAACAAAGAAUCUCCCGGAGAUAGCAUCGGCAUUCGAUCAGCUCCUGCUCAGCCUCGGUUACUGGGUAUUUUUACCGGACAAGGUGCACAGUGGGUAACGAUGGGCGCGCACCUGGUCCGGUCAUCAGCCACUGUUCGUGAGAAACUUGAGCGACUCGAUCACUCUUUAGCCACUCUACCUGAGCCAGACCGUCCAUUAUGGCGGAUUGCAGACGAGCUUUCGGCAAGUACAAGUGUUAGUCGUCUCGGCGAGGCCGCAAUAUCGCAGCCACUUUGUACGGCCAUUCAACUUCUUCUAGUCGAUUUGUUGCGGAGUGCGGGUAUAACGUUUGAGGCAGUUGUAGGGCAUUCCUCCGGAGAGAUUGCAGCGGCGUACGCUGCCGGUUUCAUCUCUGCCCAUGAUGCCAUUCGCAUUGCUUAUUACAGAGGUGUACGUGCUAAACUUGCCAAAGGCUCGAGGGGACAAAAGGGGGCCAUGCUGGCCGUCGGGACCUCGUGGGAAGACGCCAACGAUCUGAUUAAGCUUCCAGCUUUCAAGGGUCGCGUGAAGAUUGCUGCCCACAACUCUGCUGCUAGCUUAACGCUUUCUGGUGAUGCUGACAGCCUUACUCACGCGAAAAGGAUCUUCGACGAAGAAAAGAAGUUCGCCAGGAUGCUUCAAGUAGACACUGCAUAUCACUCUCACCAUAUGACUCCUUGUAGUAAACCAUACAUCGAAUCUCUACGAAAUUGCAAGAUCCAAGUCAAACGCGAUGGCGACAGGUCUUGCUCCUGGUACUCAAGUGUCAAGCCUGGUAUAUUGAUGGAGCCCGCCGAUGAGCUUCGUGACGUGUACUGGAGAGACAAUAUGGUCAAUACAGUUUUUUUCACCGACGCUGUGAAGAGCGCUGUAAGCGAGAAGCUUAACCUCGCCAUGGAACUUGGUCCUCAUCCAGCCCUCAAGGGUCCGGCAUCGCAGAUCAUCUCGGAUAGUCGAUCCCCGCUUCCUUACACUGGUGUUUUGAACCGCGGCUGCAACGAUGUUGAAGCAUUCUCGGAUGCACUUGGUUUUGUAUGGACUCAGCUUGGCCCGAGUGCAGUUGACUUCCGAUCAUACAACAAAUUAAUGUCGCCUAGUCAGUCUCCUCAGCUAGCGGUUGGUCUUCCAUCCUACCAAUGGAGCCAUAAAGGUGCCCAAUGGCAUGAAUCGCGCCUCACAAAGAACAUACGACUGAGGGGCACCGCGUUCCAUGAGCUUUUAGGUGUACCGACUCCGAAUAACACGGACCAUAACCUUCGCUUCAGAAAUUUUCUGAAAGUGAACGAGAUCCCGUGGCUCGAUGGACACCAGCUGCAAGGCCAAGUCGUCUUUCCCGCGGCAGGAUACGUAGCUAUGGCUUUGGCAGCGGGGAAGGAGGUCGCUGGUAGCAGAGACAUCGAGAUUCUUGAAGUACACGAUCUGACCAUCGAUAAGGCCAUUGCUUUUGACGGAGGUGCCAACUUCGCGGUCGAAACACUCACCACCUUGACGGGGAUUACGCCAAGCCAUCUAAACAUGAAGACUCAAAGUGCCGACUUUGCUGUGUUUUCGUGUUGGAAUAGUAGGUCUACAACUUUGGAACUAGUGUCGAAGGGAAAAAUCACUAUCGUUUACGGCACUCCGUCAGUCUCGGUACUAUCAUCCACGCCAGUCGACGAUUUGGACAUAAUGGACAUCGACAGUGAUCGCUUCUACUCCUCACUUGACGAACUUGGAUACGGGUAUAGUGGCCCAUUUAGGACUUUGUCUUCUACUAGGAGAAGACUGGACCAGGCAUCGGCAAUGGUGUCGACUUACGAAUACCAUGACGACGAAGAAAUCUUAAUUGUCCACCCAACGAUGCUGGACGUUGCCUUCCAGGCUUCCCUCCUCGCGCGGUCGAGUCCUGGCGACGACCAGCUCUGGUCGCUGCAUGUCCCCACUUCCAUCAAACGCAUCCGAGUUAACCCCGAGCUCUGUUCCUCUUUGUCAACAUCACCGACCAGAUUGCCCGUAUCUGCUGUUCUACAGGAGCCGGCUUCUAUCUCUAUGAACAGUAACGUUGACGUAUUCAGCGCAGAUGGCCAAGAGACCGUCAUCCAAGUCGAAGGCUUGGUCAUGAAGCCACUGGCCCCUGCUCUCGCCACCGAUGAUCGCCCCAUGUUCUCCACCACCCAAUACGGUGUGACGUCGCCAGUAGGCAAUACUGUCGUGGGUAACGACUACCCCUCCGCGGAACAAGCUGAGAUCGCUAUUCUUUGCGAGAGGUUGGCAUGCUGCUAUCUCAGACAUUGGAGAUCGAGGAUCACGGAGGAGCAUCGGGAGAAUAGCAAGAGUCAUCACCAGUCUCUGAGAGACUCCACCGACCGCCUACUAGCUGGCAUCGAUAGCGGGCACCAUCCUUAUGUACGAAGAGAGUGGGCUGGCGACGAUCUUGACCAGAUCAAAACCUUGAUACGGAAAUACCCUGAGAAUAUUGAUCUCAAAGUCAUCUCAGUCAUUGGAGAGAAUAUUUCUGCCCUAGUACGAGGCCAAUCCACUGUCUUGGAGCACAUGCUGCAAGAAAACAUGCUCGAGGAUCUGUUCCAUGACGGUCUUGGGUUCGCCCAAUGCGCUCGAACGGGCCAUACUACGAAGGCAGUCUUGGAAGCCAUAGGUACUACCUUCUCCUCGUACACUUACACAGACGUAUCGGCGGAUGUCUUCGAACAGGCCGCACAGCGAUUCGAGGCACACAGUCAGAGGAUGAAUUACAAGAUUUUCGACGUCGACCAGGCGCCAUCAUUCCAAGGUUUCGAAGAACAUUCGUACGAGGUAGUCAUUAUAUCUCCCACUUUGCAUACGUCCUCAUGGCUCCAGAAGACUCUAGGAAACGUUCGUCGCCUCCUGAAGCCAGGUGGCUAUCUCUUAGUAUCUGAAAUCACUACCAAGAGGCCGGUCAGAAUUCAAAUAAUGAUGGGAGGACUGUCAGGACCGUGGACUGACGUCGACAACGGCCAGAACUAUAGUCGCACAGAGCCACUUAAAACCUGGCACAAUGUUCUGCGUAAAACGGGAUUCUCGGGUGUGGACACAACUACAUCGGAAGUCGACGGACUAGCAUGGCCAUUUUCUGUCAUUGUCAGCCAAGCCGUCGACGAACGAAUAGACUUCUUGCGAAAGCCACUCUCGUCUUCCUCAUCUGUACGUUUGGACGAGUUGGUCAUCCUUGGAAGCUGUUCACUAAAGACUUCUCGCCUUGCGGAAGAGAUAUGUGAGCUUGCCGGGAGAUUUUGCGGCCGCGUCACUGUUCUCGAAGGUCUACCGACUGAUGAUGAUGAGAUUUCUCCAAUGGCGACGUUCAUCAACUUGGUUGACAUUGACGAGCCCAUCUUUAAAAACGUUACGGAGGAGAAGAUGGAGGGCCUGAAGUGUCUUUUCGAGCUCUCAAAGAAUAUUCUUUGGGUCACUGAAGGCGCUAGGGGGUAUCAGCCGUACCACAACGCUAGCAUUGGCUUUGGUCGUUCCAUUGCCUAUGAAAUUCCACACGUAUCACUACAAUUCCUCGACUUGACAGACGUUGGUCCUGAUGCCUCUCGUCUCAUAGCUGAGAGUGUCUUGCGUGUUCUUGCAAUGGAUGGAUGGGACAACCAAAAUACUGCGCUGGGUGGAAUGAUGUGGUCAAAAGAGCCAGAGCUCUAUCUAGAAGAUGGGCAACUCUUGGUGCCUCGAAUAAUUCCCAAUGAUGAACAGAAUGCUAGAAUCAACUCUUUGAGACGUUCAGUCACGCAAAAUGUGAGCGCCCGAGGCACUACGGUUUUGAUCUCCGAGGCUACGGAAACAACACCUGUCUUGCAUGAAGAACCAGUACCACGGCGUCUUGGAGAUAAGAGGAACUCGGUACAAGUCAACUACUCGAUUCUAUCCGCAUUGAAUGUCGCUCCGCUGACCUUUUUGUUCUUUGGUAUUGGCACCGAUGAGAAAACUGGCGAUACUGUUGUCACUCUUUCCGACACCAAUUCCUCAAAAGUUAUCAGUUCAAUAUGUGUGUCCACAAAUGUCCCCUCAUGCCACGAAUCUGCAUUUCUCGCUGCAACUGCGAGUGAGUUCUUCGCGGGAUCAUUGAUCUCUAAAAUGCCGAAAAAUUGCCAUGUGCUUGUACACGAACCUGGUCAGGACGGGUUUCUCGCCUCGGCAUUGACGAGGCUAGGCACUGCCAGGAAUAUACGCAUCAAGUUCAGCACGUCAAAAUCCGAUACGGAGGACCCGGCGUGGAUAAAGUUGAAUCCUUGGGCUUCCGAGACAAUUGUGAAAAACUCGAUCCCACUGAAUUUGACGCAUUUUUUCGAUCUCGCAGCCGAUGAUGAAGGGAAAGUUGCGAGUCUCAGAGUUCGAGAAUGUCUGCCUUCCGGGUGUAGACUGAUCGACGCCUCCGAUCUGUACCGUUCCCAAUCCUUGCCACCAAUAAGCGACGACUGCGCUAUCCUCAAAGCUCUCGAGUACGCUGUGAGUCAUGCGACAUCGGCUCCUUUCAACAAGAAGACAAGCGCUACAAUCUGGGCCGGCCAGAUCGCUGACGCACCUUUGAGAAUGUACCCAACAAGUGUCAUUGACUGGACAUUGGAUAAAACCCUCACGGUCCAGGUACAUUCCAUCAACCCCAAUCGUCUGUUUUCCAAGGACAGGACUUAUCUUCUGGUUGGUCUCUCUGGGCAGCUCGGCCGGUCCAUUAGCGAAUGGAUGUCACGAAAUGGAGCAGGAUACAUAUGCUUGACAAGUCGAAAUCCUGGAUCGUACGAGAAAUGGCAGACCUCGAUGGAAAAAGCUGGCACGACGGUCAAGUUCUUUGCAAUGGAUAUCACGAAGAACGAUGAGCUGAGAAAAGUCGUAGACGAGAUCAAGAACACAGGUCCGCCCAUCGCCGGUGUCGCAAACGGCGCUGCGUUAUUUGACGAUUCACUCUUCUCGGAAAUGUCGCUAGAAAAGAUGGAGAAGGUCAUAAAGCCCAAGAUCGACGGAACGAAUUAUCUCAACGAGAUCUUCAGCGACAAUAAGCUGGAUUUCUUCAUCGUUUUCUCAUCCCUUACGUCCGUCAUAGGCAACAGUGGGCAGUCCAAUUAUACCGCAGCGAAUGCCUACAUGACCAGCCUUAUGAAACAGCGAAGGAAACGUGGCUUGGCCGGCACGUCCCUUGAAAUUGGCCGUAUUGCCGGUAUCGGAUACAUGGAGCGGGCAGGUGACUUGGCCAGGGAGCAAUUGAUCAGGUUUGGAUUUAUGACGAUCUCUGAGACUGACUUCCAUCACUUGAUUGCUGAAGCGAUUCGAGCUGGUUCCCCUGACUUGGGAGCUGUGCCGAUCGUUACCGCCGGCUGCCGCAAUACACAAGAUAAUGAAGAGUCCAAGGUCGCCUGGUUCGACGAUCCUCGUUUCUCUCACAAAGUUCUUCAAGCACAGAUGAAUGAGUCCAAGAGCGAUGGCAUGAAGAACGUUCUGCCUGUUUGUGACCAGCUUGCUGAUUCCACUACCAUAGAGAAAGCUCUAGAGGUACUGAGAGAUUGCUUCGCUGCCAAAGUGGCAGCGAUUUUGCAACUUGUCAAAGAGCAAGUGGGCCACGAAAUCCCACUUGUCGAGCUUGGCAUCGAUUCCUUGGCUGCCAUCGAAGUCCGUAGCUGGUUUCUAAAAGAAAUCAAAACGGAUAUACCAGUCCUUAAAAUUCUCAGAGGUGGCACCGUGGCGGAGCUGUGUGAAGAAGCAAUGGAGAAGUUGCCGGAAAGCCUGCUCCCAAACAUAGGAUCCCAAAAGUCUUCGAAUCCAAAGACAGCGGUGCCACCACCAAAGCCGGCUCGCAUGGCAGCCGCCCCGAGUGAAAGCUGCACUGUCCCACUUAGCAUCACGUCGUCGGGGAGUCAAUCCCUUGAGGAUGCCCCUACAGCGGUACGCUCAACAUCAUCCUCGACAGUCAACCUUAAAGGAGCUGCUGAAAAGGCGUCAAAAUGGACAGAGAUUGAUUACAAAACCCAGUCGGACUAUGUCAAGAGCGAGCUCGUCUCUUUUGCCCAAUCUCGCUUCUGGUUCUUGAGGCUUCUAGUUGAAGAUCAAACAACAUUUAAUGUCUCAUUCUAUUACCGUAUUACCGGCAACCUGCGCAUUGCAGACUUGGAAAGAGCAGUUCGUCUCGUCACUACCAGGCACGAGUCGCUCCGGACUUGCUUUGUGGCCGACGAGAAGGAACCAGAUUUAGCUCAUCAGAAGAUCUUGCCUAGCUCUCUCAUACGACUGGAGCGAAAGAGCAUCAGCAGCAUUGAGGAACUUCACAUAGAAUAUACGGCCAUGAAAGCAAUUCCGUUCGAUAUCGCAAGUGGCAAAUUGAUGCGCUUGAAUCUGCUCACGCGUUCCCUAUCUGAGCAUUAUCUCCUCUUCAACUAUCACCAUAUUUUGAUGGAUGGUGUUAGCCUUCAGGUUUUUUUGACUGAUCUAAGGAAUGCUUAUCAGCGACAGUCUCUCGGCGUUCCACCCUGCCAGCUCUCCGACGUUUCGAGGGACCAACGCGCAGCCGUCGAGAGUGGUAGUAUGGACGAUCAGAUUGCAUACUGGCGAAACGAAUUCCCGGAAGGCCCUCCCGUAUUACCGCUGCUUCCCAUGGCAAAGGUCAGCUCUCGCAUGCCAAUGAAGGCCUUCAACGUCAACCAGGUUGAAUGCAGAAUUGACGCUGAACUGGCGGGACGAGUCAAGGCAAUGUCCAAUACCCAUCGAUCCACGACUUUCCAUUUCUACCUGGCGGCUUUCAAAGCAAUGCUUUUCCGCUUUACGGAUGCCCAGGAAUUGACGAUCGGUAUUGCUGAUGCCAAUAGAAACGACGGAGAUGUCACGAGAACUGUCGGGCUUCUGCUCAACCUUCUCACAUUGCGCUUCAAGUAUAAAACGAGUCAACGAUUUAGCGACUGUGUCGCUGAGGCUCGAACGAAAGUUUAUGAAGCGCUCGACAACUCAAGGGUGCCUUUCGACGUCCUCCUCAAAGAACUUAAUGUGCCUCGAUCUUCUUCGUACAGUCCCUUUUUCCAGGCUUUCUUCGACUAUCGUCAAGGCCAGCAGGAGAAGCUUCCGUUUGGCAACACUACAUUUGAGUUUCUGGAACUUUAUCCGGGGCGCACUGCGUACGAUUUGACGCUCGAUAUAACAGACAGCCCCGAUAGCGCUCUCAUAUUGUUCAGAACCCAGGCGAGUCUUUAUGAUAUGGCAGCUACGCGAUUGCUGCUUAAUACAUACGUUCAUCUGCUCGAAGUCUUCACUAAUGAUACCUCUUUACUAUUGCGGGAACCUCCGUUGUUCAGCCAAAAGCAACUCGAAUGCUCUCUCGAUAUUGGCCGUGGACCAGAUCUUCAAUCUUCCUGGCCUGAAACACUUCCUCAUCGGAUUGACAUGAUUGCUCAGGGGAACAAGGACAAAGUCGCUCUAAACGAUGGCCAUGGCAGAUCCUUCACUUACGCGAGCAUGACUGACCGGAUCGAGGCUAUCGCGGAGAUAAUGCAGAAGGCUGACAUUUGUGAAGGUUCUCGAGUUCUUGUCUUCCAAGAUGCAAGCGUAGACUGGCCUUGUUCGAUGCUUGCAAUUAUGCGUCUCGGGGGAGUUUAUAUCCCACUAGACCUUCGAAAUCCGUUGCCACGUCUAGCCGAUAUCGCUGCAAGCUGUCAGCCGGCGGUAAUCCUAGUAGACAAUAGCACUAUCGAUAAUGCGCCCCAGGUAAACAUCUCAGGCGCCGAAGUUAUCAACGUAUCCAGCGUUAGUUUCAAACCUUCCGCUCGUGUGCCCAAUUCUGCGCGUGCAGGCUCCGUAGGUGCGAUUUUAUACACCAGUGGCUCGACGGGCAACCCCAAGGGCAUCAUUAUCAGACAUUCGGGACUCCGCAACGAAAUUGAAGGCUACACGAAACAAUGGGGGCUCAAAGCUGAGCGAGUGCUCCAGCAAAGCGCUUUCACUUUCAAUCACUAUUCUGAUCAAAUAUAUACUGGGUUAGUAAACGGCGGCUCUGUUUAUAUCGUUCCAUGGAGUAAGCGCGGAGAUCCCAUUGAGGUCAGCAAAAUCAUACGGGAAGAAGGUAUUACGUACACGAAAGCCACGCCGACAGAAUACUCUCUAUGGCUAGACUACGGACGCUCCAACCUUCAGAAGGCCUCCAAAUGGCGCUUUGCCUUCGGAGGGGGCGAGCCACUCACAAGCACGCUAACGAAGAACCUCGCUACGCUAGAUUUGCCGCUACUCCGCUUCUUCAACUCAUACGGUCCAACCGAAAUCUCCAUUUCUUCGACCAAGAUGGAAAUUCCAUACCGUGAAGAGCCUCAGGGUCGUAUCCCCUGUGGAUAUUCCUUGCCCAAUUAUGUAGCGUAUAUCUUGGACGAGCAGCGAAAGCCAGUGCCUGUCGGAAUGCCUGGCGAACUCUGGAUCGGUGGCGCCGGCGUUUCUCUAGGCUACCUAGACAACAAGGAACUCACCGAUUAUCACUUUGUUCACAAUCCGUAUGCGACGCCUGAGUACACUGCGCAGGGAUGGACUACCAUGUACCGUACAAGCGAUAUAGCGCACCUGCAAGACGAUGGAGCGAUGGUGUUCCAUAGCCGUGUAGAAGGUGACACCCAAGUCAAGAUCCGAGGUUUACGAAUCGAACUUGGCGAUAUUGAGAGUAGUAUUAUUAAAGCCUCUGAUGGCGUUGUCAAACAGGCGGCGGUCACCCUACGCGACGGCGAUCCCCAAUUCCUGGUGGCGCACGUCGUACUUGCGCUGGAGCAGAGUAUGACCAACGCCGACAAUUUCCUAAGAAAUCUUUUAAAUCGUCUUCAGCUCCCACAGUAUAUGGUUCCUGUCUUAGCGAUCUCGCUUGACCGUAUGCCACUCAACAACCAUUCCAAGGUGGAUCGGAAAGCGCUCAAGGCUCUGCCUCUUCCACAGCUCACCGAGUCCGAUGAGGAGAGCGGAGAGCUCUCGGAGACUAUGCUACGCCUCAUACAAACAUGGGAAAGUGUUUUGAGCACCAAGGAAUUAGGUCUCAGAAUUACUCCCUCAACUGGCUUCUUCGCCAUCGGCGGUAACUCUUUACUUGUCGUACGGCUGCAGUCUCGUAUUCGCGAGAUCUUCAAUGUGACUGUGCGACUGGUCGACCUCCUCGAAGCCAAAUCACUUGGCGAGAUGGCUCGGCAGAUCGAGGAGAGCACGAGUGUCAACCCAAUCGAUUGGGAGGAGGAAACUACCCUGCCCGAUUUGAGCUUUUUAGGAUCUAUUCUUCGUCAACCGCUUAAGGUCACCGGGAAAAUCGUCCUUGUCACCGGCGCGGGCGGGUUCCUAGGAAAGACCAUCCUGGCGCAGCUUAUCGAAAGUUCAGACAUCGACAGAAUCCACUGCGUCGGUCUACGAGACAAAUCCGCAGAACCGCCUCGCAAGCUGGCUGUGUCAUCGUCACCAAAGAUCAUUGUGCAUAAGGGCGAUCUCUCCGAACCCUGGCUUGGUCUUUCGGAGUCUGACUUCUGGGCGAUUUCCAGCGAGGUGGAUUCGAUCCUACAUAUGGGCGCCAUCCGUUCGUUCUGGGAUAACUACCACCUUCUUCGCCCGAACAACGUCACACCGACCAAACAGCUAGUCAGGAUGGCGGCUGCCCGUCGUAUCCCAAUCCAUUACACGUCUACUGCCGGCGUAGUGCCGGGAGACAGCGCUGGCAGUGUGGCGGCUUCGGUUGCAGAGCAUCGGCCUCCGACGGACGGCUUGAAUGGGUACGUCGCGACUCGAUGGGCUUCUGAGCAGGUGCUCGAGCGCGCUGCUUCGACGUUGGGAGUGCCUGUUUCGAUUCAUCGGUUCGUGUCGGCCAAGGAGCCGUUGGCAGGAGCGACGAUACCGGCACUGGAGCAUUUUGUAGGUUUCGUGGAUCAGAUGUCCACGAUGCCCGAGUUCGACGGAACGAAGGGCCAAUUCGAAAUGAUUCCCGUAGACGAGGCUGCCGGUAGGCUCGCCGAGGCGCUGAUUGACGGACCGGCUGGCGAGAGUAAAGCGGCGCGUUUCUACCACCAUCAGUGCGAAGUCCGCAUCGACAUCUCGGAAAUGAUGGCGUUUAUAGAGAAUAGGAGGGGGAAUAAGGGCCUGGAGACGAUGCCGGGGUUGAAGUUCAUUGGCCGGAUGAAGGCGCUCGGGCUGAGGUACUUCGUGACGUCGCAGGUGCUGGUGAUGGAGAGCACGACGAACGAGGGUAAGACUGAGGUGUUGGAAUCAAGGAGAUGA